UAUUUUUUGUAUUACUUUAUUUCAAGAGUUUUGUAUAAAAGUGCAACUUCCUUACACAUGCCAUUGAAACAAGUACCCAAUUUUGCAUAAUCAAUUAAACUGCAAUAAUAUUUUUUUGGUUCAAUCUGCAUAUCUGUCUGGAAGUUGCUAGGUGGAUUUAAGAAAAAACCUCUCUCUCUUACACACACAUAGACAUAACAUGGACUAGGAUGAAAACAAAUCUUAAUGAGUCUAAACCCCACUGAAUUCCACUCUUGAAUUCCCUACCAGAAUGGUGGGUGAUGCCAGACAAAAUCGAGCGGUUUUUCAUUUUUUUCGAUACCAAAAAAGCUCCAGAGUUGUUUUAUGCUCCAACAUUUAUUGCUCGUUUUUAACAUCGUAGCGAGGGUCCUUCCGGUCUUUUUUCUCGUCUCCAGCUCUUAAGGGCAGGCGGGGAGAUGGAUCGACCUGCUAGAAGGAAAAUGUACCGACCUUCGCGGCUGGCCGAAUUACUACGAAGGAAACGGUACCGCCGCAGUACUUCCGCAGCCGCUCCUGCCUCGAAUCCGGGCCUGACCCGGGAGUGAAUCGAUUGAGUGACAGCUCUGGGAGGGGAAGCGGUGGCCUCGGCAGCUCCGGCGGGCCACUGCACCAGCAGCCGCGGCGGCAAGGAUGAUCUCCCCGCGGAAUCGAGGCGGGGAGGUGGCCCGAUUCUACACGGUCACCGAGCCCAAGCGCCAUCCUCGGGGAUACACGGUAUAUAAGGUCACCGCGAGGAUUGUUUCACGAAAAAAUCCAGAAGAUGUCCAAGAGAUAGUCGUUUGGAAGAGAUACAGUGACUUUAAGAAAUUGCACAAAGAACUCUGGCAGAUUCAUAAGCACUUAUUCAGGCAUACAGAAUUGUUUCCUCCUUUUGCUAAAGCAAUAGUAUUUGGGCGAUUUGAAGAAGGUGUGAUUGAAGAGAGAAGACAGUGCGCAGAAGAUUUGCUUCAGUUUUCUGCCAACAUCCCCAUGCUCUAUAAUAGCAAGCAGCUUGAAGAUUUCUUUAAGGAUGGAGAGGUGCAUGAUGGAUCUGAAUUGAUUGGUCCUGCAGAACCUCUGGUGGACUCUCUGAUAGACAGCUUAUCUACCUGCAGUUUUGAAGUUCGGAAGGAUAUUGGUGUCCUUGAUGAAGUGACACUUAGCCAGACAGAAUAUGGAGGUUUAUCCAGCGACAGUGAUUUGAUUUCCUUGACCAUUGAUGCAGAUUCUCUUGUUGAGUUAGAUGAUGGAAUGGCAUCUAACCAGGAUUCCCCCAGCACAUUGCUUGGUCUCAGCUUUGCUGCUGAACAUCCAGUAUUGUCAUCUGCCAUUUUAGAUCAGGAAUGGAUCAAAUCUGAGAAUGAGAGGGAGAGCCGGGGUUUAUUCACUGGGAGCUUGAAGGCCAAGCUUGGCAGAAGAGAUUACUUGGACAAAGCUGGAGAACUGAUAAAGCUGGCCUUGAAGAAGGAGGAAGAGGAAGAUUAUGAAGCUGCAUUUGGCUUUUACAGAAAAGGAGUUGAUCUGCUUUUAGAAGGAGUUCAAGGAGAAUCAAGUCCAACUCGUCGUGAAGCAGUGAAGAGGAAGACUUCAGAAUAUCUGAUGAGAGCAGAAAAAAUUUCCAGUCUUUACUGUAGACCCUCAUCAGAAGAUGCCUCAGUACUUGGCCCUCCAGGAUCACUCAGUUCAAGGCCCUCUUGGAACCUAAGGAGCCCUGCCGAGGAACUGAAGGCCUUUCGAGUCCUUGGGGUGAUUGACAAGGUUUUGCUUGUAAUGGAUACUAGGACACAACAGACAUAUAUACUGAAGGGUCUAAGAAAAAGUAGCGAAUGCAGCAGGGAGAGAAAGACCAUCAUCCCCCGCAGUGUGCCCAACAUGGUGGCUUUGCACAAGUACAUCAUCUCAGAGGAAUCGGUCUUCCUUGUGCUGCAUCACGCAGAAGGAGGCAAACUUUGGUCUUACAUUAGUAAAUUCUUGAAUAGGAGCCCUGAAGAAAGCUUUGAAGCCCCUAAAUCCAGAAAAUCCAGCUGUACCAAAAUACAUUUGCAUCAGGCAAGUCCUAGUCCUCAGGAUAUCAGCAGUAGCCUUGGCUCCAGAAGAAGUAACGGGGACAAUGUAUUAAAGGUUUUACCAUUGCAGGACAGUUUCACUCCAAGUUUUCAAGAUGGUAGUAGUAACCAAGAAGAAGAUCAGGAAAGUUCUCUUAAAUGGAUUGACUCCGGAUCUAGUUCAGAAGAGGAAUGUACCACAAGUUAUCUAACAUUAUGCAAUGAAUACAGUCAAGAAAAAAUUGACUCUGGUUCAUUAAAUGAGGAAUCUGUCCUGAAACCAGAUGAUAAUGUUCUCAUUACCAAUGAGCAAAGAGUCCUCAAAGUGCAAGAUGAAGCUGCCUCUGGGAACUUGGAAUCUACAGUCACAUGUCAGGAAAUAAAAGAGUUUGCUGAUGAUGUGGAUCCAGAAGCUGCCAAUCCUACUAUGAUAUCAGAAUCACUAAAUAAAUCCAAGAACAGCCCCAUGGAAUUUUUCAGAAUUGAUAGCAAAGAUAGCACCAGUGACCUUCUGGGACUUGAUUUUGGAGACAAACUUCAUAAUUUAAAAUCAGAAUCUUUCAAACCGUUUUUUCCUACAUUAAAUCAGGAUAAGAGCCUUGAAGCCAUUGAAAACAGGUUAGGAUUUGCAUCUCAGGACACUAUCAGCAGGGGUUCUAAUGACUCUGUGCCUGUGAUAUCAUUUAAAGAUGUAGCCUUUGAUGAGGUCGGUAGUAUUGAUGAAGGAAGACCUGACCUUUUGGUCAACUUGCCAGGCAUUAUGGAGCAAAUGAAAGAGGCUUCAGUGGAUAGACCAACAAAACUGAUGGAACAGAAUGGAGACAUCUUGGAAAGCAAACUUUUGGAAGCUCCCGAUGUCUUGCAAUUGAAUAACAGUGCGGAACAAAGCAGAGUGCUUGAGCAAAAGGUAGAGCAUCUGAGGGAAGGAAAAUCACAAGGACUAUGCAAAGACAAUCAGGAAGCAGUUAGGGCAUCCCAUACAGCUGAUACUGACUCAGUUGGUUUUGGGAACAGGAUGGCCUUUCAAGGACUUGGAGAAGCAUCAUCAUCAUUAGAUAUUUUCAGCAUAAAGGACAAUGUUAUGGUUGCCAGUGCACAUGUAGAUGUCACAGAAGACAGCUUAGAUGUGGACAGUGAAGCUGUGUUGCUGUUUUCUGAUCAUACUGAAGAAAACUGUCAAGAGGGAACAGUUCUCUCUUUGUCCCACAAAGCAGAAAGCAAAGAGUUGGGUGUGAGGAGCAGAGGAGAGAAUGAAAUACAUCAUUUUUUUCAGGACUUGGAUGAGAGAUUAGCACUAACCUCCAGAUUUUACCUCCCUGAAGGCUGUGUUCAAAGAUGGGCAGCUGAAAUGGUUGUAGCCCUUGAUGCCUUGCAUCGAGAAGGAAUUGUGUGCCGCGAUUUGAACCCAAACAACAUCUUAUUGAAUGAUCGAGGACACAUUCAGCUAACGUAUUUUAGCAGGUGGAGUGAGGUUGAAGAUUCCUGUGACAACGAUGCCAUAGAGAGAAUGUACUGUGCUCCAGAAGUUGGUGUUGUUUUUGAAGAAACAGAGGCCUGCGACUGGUGGAGUUUGGGUGUCCUUCUCUUUGAACUUCUUACUGGAAUGAGUCUCUUGGAGUGCCACCCAGCAGGAAUAAAUACUCAUACCUGUUUAAACUUGCCAGAUCACAUUUCAGAAGAAGCCAGAUCACUCCUUCAACAGGUUCAAGGUUACCCAUGUCCAAAAGGAAGUGUUUCAUCUCUGGGCUGCAUGUGGCUGACUUUACAGUUGAAGAGUCUGCUCCAUUGGCUAGUUGAUAAAUAUAAGAGUCAGCAUAAAAGAUAAUACCUCUGAAAAUGACCACAGGGUGUUUUAAUACAACAGCUUUUGCAAUUCAAUUCUGUGGAACGUCUUGGUGCUGGAAUUGCUGGAGUUGAAGACAUCAAAGCACACCCUUUUUUUGCCACCAUUGAUUGGAUCGAAUUAGCUAAGUGAAAAACUGUACAAGUUGUCUAUGCUUAGGCUGCAGAUGUCUAACAGACAAUGCUCUUGGCUUGCUGCCAUCAUGAAGACUUUAGGUGUUUCCAGACCAGGAUGAAUAAAUUGGAAAUUGGAAUCCAAACACCAAAUGAAAUGUUUAAGCUUGAUUGAGCAAAAGAAAGGUGUGGUUUACACUUGUAUGGACUGACUUCAAUUCUUCUUUUGAGCUGGGAUCACGUGCAGCGCUAAUUGUAGGGCAUUACAAGUGGUUGCCAUUGCAUGCCAUGUAUUUCCUUACCCACAUUUCAAAUCAUGGAAAUCUGGAUGGAAAAGUAGCCCUGUGACUGAAGUCAUAUCUAGCUCUGCUGUUAGUGGGGAAUUAUGCAAAUAAGAAUACACACCUUGUAUUUUGUUUCAUUUUAAACCAGUGGUUCUCAACCUGUGGGUUGCGACCCCUUUGGGGGUCGCCUUUCACAGGGGUCACCUAAGACCAUCGGAAAACACAUAUUUCCGAUGGUCUUAGGAACCGAGACAUCACUAUCCGUCUCCACACAGCUUUGAGCUUGGGGCCAUUGCAGUGCCGGAUUCAUUUCCGUCGAGCAUCUCCUAAGGGAGGCUGCACUGCUUCGCAGCCCUUUCCGCAGAGGAGGCUGAACUAAGCGCUGCCAGUGCUGUCAAUCUCUUGGCUCUCUCUCUCUCUCUCUCUCUCCCUCUCCCUCCCUCCCUCCCUCCCUCUCCCUGCCUGGGCGCUUCUCCAACCAGGCUGGGCGGAGCCGGCGGAGCAGCCUUCCUGCCCCCCCUCCCCGGCCAGCUGGAGCCAGGCAGGUCAGAGACCUUCAGAAGUGAGGCAAGGACAGGCAAGGCAUGCUGCGCUCCGGGCGCAGUGGGUGAGUGGGCGGCGUCGGUGCGCGCUUGGAGAGCCCUUAGGGUUGGGGGUCACCACGACAUGAGGAACUGUAUUAAAGGGUCGCGGCAUUAGGAAGGUUGAGAACCACUGUUUUAAAUGAUGAUGAGUUGUGGAAUUUCUGUUGUACAUUCCAAUGUCUAUUAUCUAUGCCAACUGAAUAUAGCCCCCUUUUUAUACUUAGGUAGCCUUGGCAGAGUUGAAUUUAAGUAGACUGGAGAACAGGGAGAAAAAUAACUUAAUAAUAACAUAUGUUAAAUAGAAUAUUAUGGUGCUUCUGCAAAACUUGACAUUUAAUAUGUCUAGUUUGGAGAGGGGUAUGGCAGGAGAAUGAAAGCUAGCAUCAUGCAAUGUAAUUCCAAAAUGGUUAAGUGUCAUAUCUUAAAAUGUAAUCUAGCUAUUGUUAUUUUGUGCUUGUUGGUUGCAAUGCAAUGUUUGUUUUAAAGCACUAAUUUUAACCUCAAGUUUUAAAUCACUGCAAGAUUAAAAAAUCUCUCAUCUAGAUAAUGAUUGUUUUAGUAAUUUAAAUGGACUAAGAAAGUAGAAUGCAGAAAAAAGUAUGGCUGUAUGGGUAUAAGGAAAGCUAGCAUUUAUUGUAUGGAAAUUCAUGCUUUCAUAUAGCUAUUCUUUUUUCUUUUUUCUUUUGCUUACAUGGAAAAUGUUCAAGUUUGCAGAAUUCCAGUUACAUGUACAUCUGUUUUUAUUUGCUCGUGUGAAUUCUGAAAAUGUUUUAUUUUCUCAAUUUUACCAUAACUUUGUUUCUUCAUUUAGAAACAGUAUAUUAUUUUAUGUGUUUUACCAUUGUGAAUCCCUCCUAAGGAGGAGAGUCUACAAACAAUUGCUCUGAGAAAAUUUGGGAGUUUUAUAUUAAAGUGCACUAUCAGAAAGAUUAUUUGGAAACCUUUCACAAGCACUGGUGCUUCACAAUUGGAAUUCCAUUGUAUGUGCCAUGAACAGGCCCAACUGAAAAGGGAUGGGUGAGAUGUCUGCAAGGGAAUGGCUGUGCUUUUCAUGAAUAUUGUUUUUUAAACAGAUUUGCCAAGAAGCUGUUUCAGAAGACUGCUGACUUCUGAUAAAAUUAAAACAAUGGUGAUUUGGCCAUUGGUCCUUAAUCUGUUGAUAAUUUUGUUAAAUGGAAACACAGACUCCAAAAAUUGAGGAUAAGACAACCUAAAGUUAAUAUUUACUUAAAAUAAAGACUCGUUCUUUUAAAAGGUCAAUGUGUUAGUGCAUGUAAAAAUCUUCUGUAAUAACUACUUUAGGAUGGCUCAUUAAGAUAUUAAGCUCUAAAAGCAUAUAUUAAAAUACCAGACAAAUA